CCAUCAUGUUGUCGAUUCGACGUCUUCCUCCUCCGUGGGACGCCUUCUUCAUCCUCUCGCAGAUGCCUACGUACAGGCUACUCUGGUUGAAGAUUCGCUUGGAAUUAAUCCACUAUUCGAAUGCCUAGACGACAGGAAUCAUGCAGUCAAGGUCUUGGCAGAAUUUCAUCGAAGGACGCCAUUAGAUUCACUUGACCAUUCAGAGACCUUGGAUUGGUUGCAAUGGUCUUCGAAACACCACGAAGGGCUUAUUCUCCCGUUGAUGGCCUUGGGCUUCGCUACAUGUGCGGCGUUCAAGUUCUGCCGAAGUUUUGUUCUGUCACUCACCAUGCGCUACAGCUACCAUCGCCGGCCUUAUAAUGCUUCCCGGUAGCCUAUGUAUCAACAGGCAGGAUACCGUCGAUUUGGCGUCAUCGACGGAGUGAUGCCGUGCAGUUUUUCCAGCGAAGGAGAAGGAAAGCAAGCCGCAGCGGAAUGGGUUCGGACUGCGUUCCACGACAUGAUAACCCACAAUGCGGCUGAUGGAACUGGUGGAAUGGACGCGUCAAUCAUGUUCGAGAUGGACCGGCCAGAAAAUCCAGGAUCAGCAUUCAAUUCGACUAUGAAUUUCAUGAUCAACCUUUACAACAUACAGACCUCCAUGGCCGACCUUUUUGCGCUCGCGGUGUAUGCUGCUGUCAGAGCCUGUGGCGGCCCUCGUCUCUCUAUGAGGAGAGGCCGUGUUGAUGCUACCGGCCCUGGAGUUGCAGGAGUUCCUGAACCCACCGACGAUUUGGAAACCAUCGUUGCUCAGUUCGCGACGGCGGGUUUCAACACAACGGAGAUGAUACAGAUGGUAGCCUGUGGACACUUUUUGGAUGGUGUACACGGCGUCGACUUUCCUGAUAUCACCAGAGACAAUAGCUCUACCAGUUUUGUCCAUUCCGAUAGCACCUUCAGCUCUUUUGAUUCUGCCAUCGUCACCGACUAUCUCGGCGAUGCUACCGGGAACCCUCUAGUUGUUGGACCAGAAGGUUCUAAUUCCGACCUGCUCGUAUUCACGGCGGAUGGUAAUGCGACGAUGCGUUCAACUUCAGAUGCUGGCUCAUUUUCAAACACUUGCCAAGCUAUACUUCAGCGAAUGAUUGACGUCGUUCCCUCCUCCAUCACGUUGUCCGCGAUCAUCGACUCAAUUCCCAUCAAGCCCGUAGCGAUUCAGUUGACGUUCGACUCCAGCGGAACCUUUGCGUUCACAGGAGAGAUUCGUGUCCUGAUAUCGGACCGAGACAACACAGAACUGAUAGUUCCGCUACAUUAUGCCGAUCAUGAUGGUGCCAUCCCCUCUAACAACACAAUUUCCACCGCAGAAAUUCAUUCCACUGGAUAUGGUUACGAUGCGGAAGGAAACGAUAACGGAGGCUCCGGGUAUCCCAUACAAGACAAUAUCAUUUUUCUCAGUUCGCAUUCCUGUCUUGUUCAAGAAACAGAUGCGAAUGGCAACUGGAACCUCACGGCUGUUGCAGCAAUCUGGAAUGAUGAGUCACUGACGAAUCCUUCCUUUGAUGUUGUGGUGAAGACGCCGCGUAUUGGUAUACCCGUCCCUUUACUGGCUGUUGAGUCUUCUGCCAUGGAGGUCUGGAAUACAGAUGCGUAUAAGGGGUUUACCCUGCACAUGGGCCAUUUCAGUCUUCCAAUUUAUUUGUGGUCGACAACGUUUGAUGUGACGGUGGGAGAGUAUUCAGACUCAUUCAAAUUCUCAACCGCUUUGUCUGGCACCUGUUCAUAGGAAAUAUUGGCCUUAAAUGUAUUCCAUUCAUUUGCCAGUGGUAGGAUAAACCAAUAUGAGAUUUCUGUGCUACAUUUUGCCAUCGUCUAGGCUCUCAGAUUCGUGCAGGAUGGUGAUGUCAAUUUUUGUAGAUAGUUUGUCGGAACUAGGGUGUAGCUUC